AUGGCAAGAAUGACAGAUUUUGGGAGAGCUGCUUUUAGAAAAACUUUAAAGCAUUCAUCUUCCAAUAGCCAAAGUGUGGUUGGUGUGGUAGAUCCAACUAUGCUGCGAACGGACCACCCUCUCCAUCAGACGAGUGAUAGCAACAACAACAACAACAAUAACAAUAACAGUAGUAGAAAUAUCAAACACCGACAUCAACUGAAUCAGUAUCAUCACGAUCAACAACAAGGCCUGUACCACGGCUCAAACAUCACUACCAACGUCACCGAGUUGAAUAAAAAUUAUACAUGUAUUUCUACUCCUUGUACUGAUGAUGAUGCUGCUGCUACUGCUGCUGCUAGUGUUGUUUUUCCUCUAGAUGGCAGGUUUGCUCAAGCUCGAUCCACACCGAUUAUUUAUUCCAACUCAACCCAGUUGACUAGUUCCUUUACUCAAAGUAGUUCUUCGUCAUCUGCAAGCUCCUUGCCUAGCUUGAGUAAAAGAAUGGCUGAUGAUGAUGAUGAUGAUGAUGAUGAUGAUGAACAGCAACGGUAUCUUCCCACAAGAUCAGCCAUAACGACAACAGUGGCGGUAGAAGAAAAGGAUGAAGGCCGAUCUAUUUGUUCCGCUCAUUCAUAUCCAGCAGUAGUAGCAGCAGCAGCAGCAACCGUGGCAGCUAGAAACACCCAAACUUCAGAGCUCAUGAGGUCCGACGCAUUGACGCCGCAGGGUGGUUACUGCUCAUCAUCAUCAUCUAAGCGAAACCCGACAUUCCAUUUUAGUACGACCCCCACCUCUGCUCACGUUGAGAGAGGCAUCCUACCACCCCUUUCUGAUGCUUUACCCUACCAGCCUUCUUAUUUUUCAAUACAGCGAUUUUACAGCAAGAAAAGAUGGCAACAGAGUAGCUUAAAGAAAAACCAUGCACAGGAACCUUCGCUUUUUGCGAUGGCCACCCCUCAGUCAAGCAGAUGGACAACCUCUUUUUUCUUUCGCAAAAGAAACCCAAGUAGUCCUAAGAACGUUCUUGCGACAGAUAGUUAUAAUGACGAAACGGAUAGGAUAGUGCCAUGUGACGGUGACGGCGGUAACAACCCUAUGAAACAGCAAUUCCCUGAUUUUGAAACAAGGGCGUUUUGUGAGGUUUGCGAGAAAUAUACGCCAACAAGGAUUCGGUAUCGAAAUGGAGUUAUGGUGUGGCUCAUGGCAUUUAUCAUGUAA